CUGCCCCCGGCUUCUCCGUGCGAGCCCCUGAGUGCAUUGGAACAGCCGACGGGGACCCGCCCCUCCCCGGCGGAAAGGCCCAGCGGGAGCCCCGGGAAGGCACCCGGCAAGGGGACAGCGGGCGCUCCCUCUCUCCAGGAUGCACGGCUGGACUCUGUCCACAGUGCUCGGGCCAACCUGACGUCAGCAGGCGGAGGGAUGAGCUCCCAGCGGGGCUCCGGGGUGGGGGGGUGGUGCUCGGGAGCAGGGCAUUCCUUCCCGAGGCCUCCUCAACCCGGUCCGGCCCCUCCCGCUCCUCCCCCGCCCCUCCCCCUCCCGCCGGGCCUGGAAUUGGGUUUGGGGCGGGUUCUGCUUGCAAAGCCAUCUUCCCCAGCAGCAGGGAGGGCUCUCCGCUGUGCCGCGCCGGGCUGUUGUUUGCCGAGGCUCCGGCGGUGCCCCGCGCCGGCGGCCUGCUGCACCGUGGGUCGCUGCGGAGGUGGGCGUCCCCGAAGGAGCCCUCCACGCAGGGGAGGCCCUGGAGGAUCGGGACACCUGCAGCCAGGUGGGCUGUGCCGGCCGCUGAGCCGUGAGCAGGGCCGCAAGGAACCCGGACUCCGCUGGCCUGGAGAUGGCGGGAAACUGCUCCUGGGAGGGCGCCCCCGGCGACCGGAACAAGAUGUGUUCCGGCGGGAGCGAGGCCCCAGAGCUGUACAGCCGUGGCUUCCUGACCAUGGAGCAGAUCGCCGCGCCGCCGCCGCCGGCCGUCGUGAACUACAUCUUCCUGCUCCUCUGCCUGUGCGGGCUCGUGGGCAACGGGCUGGUGCUCUGGUUCUUCGGCUUCUCCAUCAAGCGGAGCCCCUUCUCCAUCUACUUCCUGCACCUGGCCGGCGCCGACGCGGGCUACCUCUGUAGCAAGGCCGUGCUCUCCAUCCUCAACACGGGGGGCUUCCUGAGCACCUUUGCCGAAUACGUCCGCGCCGUGUCCCGGCUCCUGGGGCUCUGCACGUUUGUCGCCGGCGUGAGCCUCCUGCCGGCCAUCAGCGCGGAGCGCUGCCUGUCCGUCGUCUUUCCCGCCUGGUACUGGCGCCAGCGGCCCAAGCGCCUGUCGGCCGUGGUGUGCGCCCUGCUCUGGACCCUGUCGCUCCUGGUCACCAGCAUCCACAACUACUGCUGCGUGUUCCUGGGCCGCCAGGCCGCGGGGGGCGCCUGCCGGCACAUGGACGUCUUCCUGGGCGUGCUGCUCUUCCUGGUCUUCUGCCCGCUCAUGGUGCUGCCCUGCCUGGCGCUCAUCCUGCACGUGGAGUGCCGCGCGCGGCGGCGCCAGCGCUCCGCCAAGCUCAACCACGUCAUCCUGGCCGUGGUCUCGGUUUUCCUCGUGUCCUCCAUCUACCUGGGGAUCGACUGGUUCCUCUUCUGGGUCUUCCAGAUCCCCGCCCCCUUCCCCGAGUACGUCACCGACCUGUGCAUCUGCAUCCACUGCAGCGCCAAGCCCGUGGUCUACUUCCUGGCGGGGAGGGACAAGUCGCAGCGGCUCUGGGAGCCCCUCAGGGUGGUCUUCCAGCGGGCCCUGCGGGACGGCGCCGAGCUGGGGGAGGUCGGGGGCGGCACGCCCAACACGGUCGGCAUGGAGAUGCAGGGCCCCCCUGGGAACGCCUCCUGAGGGGCGGACCCCCGGAGGGGAGGCAGGGGCCUGAGCAGCCGGGACCUCCAGAGACCCUUCACCCGGGACAGGAACUGGGCAGCGGCCCUGGUGCUGAAUACAAGGGGGAGAGUCUGCCUCCUGCCCCUCAGGCCUCCCUCUCCGUGGGCGGGAGGCUCUGUGAGUGAGCAAGAGACCCAGCAGCCACCAGCCAACACCUUCUGUGGCCUCACCAGGCCCCGCCCCGGCCAUCCUCCUGCAUCAGCGACCCCGGAAGGUGUCCUCAGGUGGUGGGCCUCCUUACCGCAGGCUGGUCCGGAAAGGAGAUGGGAGGGGCCCCCAAGCCCUGUCCACCUCCUGCCCCUUUACAGGAGCCCGCCUGGGAAAUGACACAGCCCCGCCCUCACCGUCAUCGGGCCACCAGCCUCCUCCCGCCAUCGGGACACCUGUUCCGGCCUCAGCACCCUCUCUGGGCGCCGCUGGUGCUGGUGGCAGACCCGGACUGGAAGGGGCUGUCUGGGACAGCGCGCUGGGUCACCCGCCCCCCGCCCCCUUGGUGGACCCUGUGGUGACAGCGAGCAGGCAGAGGCGGGAAGGACCUUCAGCCAGCCUGGGCAGGUCACUUUCUCUUCUGGUUCCGUGCCGGCCAGCCCGGCAGCCUUCCGGAGCAGGCGGCGCGUCCCGGCUGCUAUCCGCCUGGUCCUUGGGCGCCUGCAGACCUUCUACACGGUCUCCGGGCCCCAGGCCCGCCCCCAAGUGGGCACUGGCCCUACCGGGCCACCCCAGCCCACCAUCAAGCACAGUGGCCCAGCGUAGCCAAAGGAAGUUUUACAAAAGACGAUAAGUGUGCAUCAAUAAAUUUUGUAUCUUACCGCC